UCCGGACUGCCCUUCCCGGCAUGCCGCGCGGCCGCCCGGCGCCCUCGGCCCGUCCGGCCCGUCCGGCCGCCCCGCCCCGCGGCCCCGACCCGCCCCGUCCGGUGGGGGCGGCUAGCCGCAUGGAGGCCGGCUGAGGAGCGCUGCAGCCUCACCUUGGUAUGCUGCGCGUCCUGGGCCGCGGGACUGGGCGGGCCGACUCGAGGGACCUGCUGCGCCCGGCGGCCUCGCGGGGCGGACAGCGCGCUCCCCCCACUCACGCAGGCAGCCACCACCCCGCUAUGGAGGAGGAACAGCUGCCACAAGAGGCCGACGUGACGGCAGGGGGUUCGGAGCCAGUGCCCAGGGUGCUUUCUGGAGAACCCCAGAACCUAUCUGAUGUGGACGCCUUCAACCUACUCCUAGAGAUGAAGCUGAAGCGGCGGCAAGAGCAGCCCAACCUGCCACGCACUGUGACCCAGCUGGUGGCAGAGGAUGGGAGCCGGGUGUAUGUGGUGGGCACGGCCCACUUCAGUGACGACAGCAAGAGGGAUGUUGUGAAGACCAUUCGGGAGGUGCAGCCUGACGUGGUGGUGGUGGAGCUCUGCCAGUACCGUGUAUCCAUGCUGAAGAUGGAUGAGAGCACACUGUUGCGCGAGGCCAAGGAGCUCAGCCUGGAGAAGCUGCAGCAGGCUGUGAGGCAGAAUGGACUCAUGUCUGGGCUUAUGCAGAUGCUGCUGCUGAAAGUAUCUGCACACAUCACGGAGCAGCUGGGGAUGGCCCCUGGGGGCGAGUUCAGGGAGGCAUUCAAGGAGGCCAGCAAGGUGCCUUUCUGCAAGUUCCACCUGGGUGAUCGGCCCAUCCCUGUCACCUUCAAGAGGGCCAUCGCCGCGCUCUCCUUCUGGCAGAAGGUCAGGCUGGCCUGGGGCCUGUGCUUCCUGUCAGACCCCAUCAGCAAGGACGAUGUGGAGCGCUGUAAGCAGAAGGACCUGCUGGAGCAGAUGAUGGCCGAGAUGAUCGGCGAGUUCCCUGACCUGCACCGCACCAUCGUCUCAGAGCGCGACAUCUACCUGACCUAUGUGCUGCGCCAGGCGGCCCGGCGCCUUGAGCUUCCGCGAGCCUCUGAUGCCGAGCCCAGGAAGUGUGUCCCCGCUGUGGUCGUGGGUGUGGUGGGCAUGGGCCAUGUGCCUGGCAUUGAGAAGAACUGGAAUGCUGACCUCAACAUCCAGGAGAUCAUGACCAUCCCCCCGCCGUCCAUCUCCGGCAGAGUGUCCCGGCUGGCCGUGAAGGCCGCCUUCUUCGGCCUGCUGGGCUACGGCCUGUACUGGAUGGGCCGCCGCACUGUGAGCCUGGUCCUGUCGCUGCCGGCCACGCAGCACUGCCUCCAGAGGGUGACCGUGGCCCGGCCACACACGUAGGAGGCGCUGUCAAGGGAGCGACCACGCUGGGGCAGGGGCUGCUCCAGUGGCUGCCAAGGGGCUUCGUGGGAGCAUCCUGGGUGCCGAGCACCCCUGAGGUCCUUGCCACCCCCUGUGGGGGUCUAGGCCAGCCACACCUGCGCUCUAGUCCCACACCACCCAAAUAAAAGAUUAUUUAACUGUCUGAGCCCGGGCUUCCCAGCAGCUCCCCUGAUCUCCCCCAUGGAGGCUGCAGAGGCUAUCCCCAGGUCAAGACCAGAUGGCCCAGCUCCCAGGGUGGCAGGGGCUGAGGGAAGGGCUGAGGCCACCGCACCCUCCUUCCCCCAGGGGGCAGGGUGUUGGGAAGCCAGCUGCUGUCCCUACCUCACUGUGCCUUCUUGAGUCCUCACCAGCUGCAGGAGCAUCUGGCCCCAGAACACAUCAGUGGGUUCUGGGCCAGACACAUUUGGGAAGGGCUGGGUGCCCCCUGCAGCUCCUUAGUGUGGGCCCCCAGGAGCUCUGGCUGACCCUGGACACACCCUGGUAUCCUGGGCCUGUCCUACCACCUCUCUGGCCCUGCCUCUGCCUGCAGAUAUUCUGUGUUUUGGCUAUUUUAAAUGUCUGAAAAUCUUAACUCAGGUAAUUUUAACUUCAGUGAAAAAAAAAUAAACUGAAGCAAAUGUCAGGAAA